CAGCUCAGUUAUAAUAUGGCUCCAAUGACGAGUACCAAAAGAUCCUUUCCGGACAAUGUCUCCCCGAAGACAGUCCUGACGAUACCUAACUCUUCGUCCGACAGUUCAGACAGGAGUUCUAAAAGAGUCUGCAGAUUAUCUCCUCCAACAAAUCGAGGGGGUUCAACGCUCGUUUCUAACUUGAAGAUAGCUGUGGUGUGUUCCAGUAAUCAGAACAGAAGCAUGGAAGCUCACAACUUGUUAAAGAAGAGAGGAUUUAGAGUACAAUCGUUUGGAACUGGAAGUUGUGUUAAAUUGCCGGGUCCCACCGUAGACAAACCAAACAUUUACAGUUUUGAUACUCCUUAUCAGGACCAGUUCGUUGACCUCAAGAAAAAAGACUCCGCGUUCUACACGCAAAAUGGACUACUGAACAUGCUGGAUCGGAAUAGGAGAAUCAAGGAGAAACCAGAACGUUUCCAGGAAAAUCAGGACGAGUUCGAUUUAAUUGUAACUUGCCAGGAGCGUGUGUUUGAUCAGGUCCUUGAAAAUAUGAGUGAAAGAGGUGGGAACUCCUGUAAAAUGGUCCAUGUCAUCAACGUUGAAAUUAAAGAUAAUCACGAUGAUGCCACCCUUGGAGCUUUCGUUAUUCACGAACUCGUCAAAGAGAUCUGCUCGUCGGAUGAUCCAGAAUCGGAUCUGGAGGAAAUUAUCGACACAAUGGAGAAGAAAAAGAAAAAGAGAUUUCUUUACUCACCCGCCUUUUAUUGAGGGAUAAUGAAAUUAAACCAAGGUUGUCGUGAUCGUACCUAAGUUUAAUGGAAUGCAUUUGUAAUAUUUUCCUAAGAAAGUGAAUUAUUACUUUACACUAUUAGUAUUAAUUACCUGAAGGAUUCUGUUGUGAACUGGUGCAGAACAGAUUCGGUGAACAUUACAGAGUUGUCAUCCACCCAAAGCUGCUGAAAAUCAACUUAAUUUAAUUAAUUAUGAAGUAUUCUGGCUCGUUUUCUGCAUCUUGUGAGUUUUACAGAAUCACGGAUGGUUAUAUUAUUAUGUAUACGGUCGAUUGAACAUUUGGUUAAACAGUUGAUUUUGAAGUAAUUUCUAAGUAAUUAUUACCAUGAUACUGAUAAAUAAUAGAGCUUUUCAAUGGACUGAUAAUGGCACUCUUAGUCUUACUUUUACGCUGCAUACAUAACACAGAUAAAUUAGGGUAUUUUAUUAACUAAUACCAGUGAUUUUAUUAACUAAUACCAGUGAUUUUAUGGAUUUGAUAGUUUGUUAAAUCAUCUAAUUUUCACAAUUACACUUCA